AUGGUCGCCUCCGUUCUGCGCCGCCUUAUUCCCGCGCGAGUCGCAAACACAGGCUCCCAACAGCGCGACCAUCAUGCCAACGAGCGCACUUUCCUCUCAUGGACGCGAGCAGGCCUCGGAUUUGCGGCUAUGGCACUCGCUCUCGACCGACUAGAGGCUAUUGACCGAGUGCUCUGCUCGAAAUUUGGACUCGGCCCUCUUGCGCCGUCUAUUCCAAUGCAGUUGGAAGAGAUGGCUGCGAAUCAGAAGAACCAGAACCAGAAUGAAAAUCAAAACCAAAACCAAAACCAAAACCAAAACCAAGGCACCGCUGCUGCACAGAUGGCACAACACCACCUUGCUGGCACUAUUUCGGCGGCCAGACUGUGCCAGGUGCUCGGUGUCUGGUCUUUAGGUUAUGGCUUCUUCCGUUAUUGGUCUAUGAGGCGAUAUCUUCUUGUGGGAAAGUUUGUUCCUGCAUUUUGGGGCCCAGUAUUCAUGACCUGUGGAAGUUUUGGCGCGUUUAUGGCCUUGGGGUUGCAAGUGGAUAGGAAGGCGUUCCUUGUGAAUAUAUGA